GUUUGACAUUUAACCAUACGAUGAUUCAUGUUUAUAAUAAAUUGUGAUUCACUUUCAAACCAAAUCAAAAACAAGUACAAUGUUUUCGAGCGGCCCCAAUUUGACUAAAUUAAAAACAAACUUGCGUCUGGCGAUUUCCAGACUAAAGCUUCUCGAAAAGAAGAAAACUGAAUUGACGGAAAAGUCGCGACGGGAAAUUGCGGAUUUCAUUACUGCUGGAAAAAUAGAACGAGCGAAAAUAAGGGUUGAACACAUAAUAAGAGAAGACUAUUUGGUGGAGGCCAUGGAGCUCGUCGAAAUGUACUGUGAUUUAUUGUUAGCCCGCUUUGGUUUGAUAACCAACAUGAAAGAACUGGACGAGGGGAUUGCCGAAGCCGUGUCCAGUUUAAUUUGGGUGGCACCACGGCUGCAAUCGGACUGUCAAGAGUUGAAAGUGAUCGCCGACCUGUUGACGGCGAAAUACGGCCACAACUACGCUGAAGCGUGCAGAGUGGAGUCCAUUGAAUCAAUUAGUGAGAAGCUGAAGCAUAAACUUUCAAUUCAAAGCCCACCCAAGCUUUUAGUUGAAAAGUAUGUGAUAGAAAUCGCUAAAUGUUACAACAUUCCAUAUGAACCUGACCCACAAGUCAUGGAAACAGAGAAAGGGAAAGACGCUAUGUUGAUUGAUUUAUCAGAUAGGAAUAAUCUUGGUGGGGGCGGCAUGCCUGCGCCCCCUGGUUUUUACGGGUUUCCGCAGCCGCCGCCGUUGCCUCCCAUGACGGAUCCGCUGCCAACGCCACCAUUUACCUAUCCACCUUUAAAGGAUCAAAACUGGAACAUGCCGCCGUCAGGCCCGACCGCGCCGCCUCCAGCAUUUUCAUACAACAUCCCUCCCAGUGAUGAAGGGAAAGAAAGCAACACAGAUUUCAUGGGUAGUUUACCAACUUAUAGCAUGGUCUUUCCCCAUAAUAAUUUGCAGGACAGCAAAGUUCCUCCUGAUGAUAAUUUACAGAAUAACGACGAGCCGCAAAAACCGACUCCUAGGGGAAAAUUGAACGAGGAUAGUUAUAAUCUUCCUGAUUUGCCUUCAGUACCAUCAAACGCACCGCCUUCGCCUGACGCUUCAGAUGACAUUGACUUUGACGAUUUAACCAGGAGAUUCAAUGAAUUAAAAAAGAAGUAUUAAGCUCAUUUUUGUGUUGCUAUUAGGUGCACAAGAUAAUAAUUAUAUGAAGUACUAAUCAACUAAAAUGUUUAUAUAGUUUGUUAUGGUGUGUACAGAUGCUAUUUUAUUCAUAUUAUAUUCAAUAAAGCGCCUCUAGUUUAAA